UUAAAGGGAUUUAAAAAAAAAGCCUUGGUAAACCAAAAGGGGGUAAAAGCCAAAAGCCACGCAGAGGCCUUUCAGAAGAGGUGGCGGCCUGCAGACAAAAGGGCAAGAGUUGAAAAGGGCUGUGGAGGUCAAGCAAGCAGCAGAGGCCACCCUGCUCGGGGCUGGGUGCCAGGCCACAGGGCAUGCCCGACGAACAGGGAGUCGGAACCCCCUCAGGCCACCCUCAGGAGUCCUGGGGCCCAGAGGGGUGUCCCUGUACCCCCUGUGCGCAGGACCCUCACUCUGCAGGGAGAAGCCAGCUGCGCCCGCGGCCUAGGGUGCCAAGGAUGCUGCUGACUGUGGCCCGCAGCCUCAUCUGAACCCCAGGAGACCAGAAGACUGAGGCACCAGAUCCCCUCUCUGUGCCCUGGGGUGCCCCAGCACUGCCCAGUCACCCCGGGUCUGAGGUCUGUGUCCCUAGUGGUGCAAGGCCUGGUAGGACCACGGGGCCGGGAAUGUGAGCGCCAUCUGAGCUCACAGUGUCCCGAGUUGCGGCUUCGUGACUUUGGCGUGGGCCUUCAGACCAGCAACUCGUCGGACCCAGAGGGCUCCUGGGCUGCAGCGACGAAGGAGGUAUUCAGGCUCCAGGCCAGGUGGGGCUGGACACCCCCAGCCAUCCACCAUGGUGGUGGCACACCCCACCGCCACCACCACCACCACAACCACUGCCACUGUCACAGCCACCGUCAUGAUGACCACGGCCACCAUGGACCUGCGGGACUGGCUGUUCCUCUGCUACGGGCUCAUCGCCUUCCUGACGGAGGUCAUCGACAGCACCACCUGCCCCUCGGUGUGCCGCUGUGACAACGGCUUCAUCUACUGCAACGACCGGGGACUCACCUCCAUCCCCGCAGACAUCCCUGAUGACGCCACCACCCUCUACCUGCAGAACAACCAGAUCAACAACGCCGGCAUCCCCCAGGACCUCAAGACCAAGGUCAACGUGCAGGUCAUCUACCUGUACGAGAAUGACCUGGACGAGUUCCCCAUCAACCUGCCCCGCUCCCUCCGGGAGCUGCACCUGCAGGACAACAACGUGCGCACCAUCGCCAGGGACUCGCUGGCCCGCAUCCCGCUGCUGGAGAAGCUGCACCUGGAUGACAACUCUGUGUCCACCGUCAGCAUUGAGGAGGACGCCUUCGCCGACAGCAAACAGCUCAAGCUGCUCUUCCUGAGCCGGAACCACCUGAGUAGCAUCCCCUCGGGGCUGCCACACACGCUGGAGGAGCUGCGACUGGACGACAACCGCAUCUCCACCAUCCCGCUGCAUGCCUUCAAGGGCCUCAACAGCCUGCGGCGCCUGGUGCUGGACGGUAACCUGCUGGCCAACCAGCGCAUCGCGGACGAUACCUUCAGCCGCCUACAGAACCUCACAGAGCUCUCGCUGGUGCGCAACUCGCUGGCCGCACCACCCCUCAACCUGCCCAGCGCCCACCUGCAGAAGCUCUACCUGCAGGACAACGCCAUCAGCCACAUCCCCUACAACACGCUGGCCAAGAUGCGUGAGCUGGAGCGGCUGGACCUGUCCAACAACAACCUGACCACGCUGCCCCGUGGCCUGUUCGACGACCUGGGGAACCUGGCCCAGCUGCUGCUCAGGAACAACCCCUGGUUCUGUGGCUGCAACCUCAUGUGGCUGCGGGACUGGGUGAAAGCACGGGCGGCCGUGGUCAAUGUGCGGGGCCUCAUGUGCCAGGGCCCUGAGAAGGUCCGGGGCAUGGCCAUCAAGGACAUCACUAGCGAGAUGGACGAGUGUUUUGAGACGGGGUCGCAGGGUGGCGUGGCCAACGCGGCUGCCAAGACCACGGCCAGCAACCACGCCUCCGCCACCACGCCCCAGGGUUCCCUGUUUACCCUUAAGGCCAAAAGGCCAGGGCUGCGCAUCCCCGACUCCAACAUUGACUACCCUAUGGCGACGGGUGAUGGUGCCAAGACCCUGGCCAUCCACGUGAAGGCCCUGACAGCAGACUCCAUCCGCAUCACGUGGAAGGCCACGCUCCCCGCCUCCUCCUUCCGGCUCAGCUGGCUGCGCCUGGGCCACAGCCCGGCCGUGGGCUCCAUCACAGAGACCUUGGUGCAGGGGGACAAGACAGAGUACCUGCUGACGGCCCUGGAGCCCAAGUCAACCUAUAUCAUCUGCAUGGUCACCAUGGAGACCAGUAAUGCCUAUGUAGCUGACGAGACACCCGUGUGUGCCAAGGCAGAGACGGCUGACAGCUACGGCCCUACCACCACGCUCAACCAGGAGCAGAAUGCCGGCCCCAUGGUGGGCCUGCCCCUGGCGGGCAUCAUCGGUGGGGCCGUGGCUCUGGUUUUCCUCUUCCUAGUCCUGGGGGCCAUCUGCUGGUACGUGCACCAAGCUGGCGAACUGCUGACCCGGGAGAGGGCCUACAACCGGGGCAGCAGGAAAAAGGAUGACUAUAUGGAGUCGGGGACCAAGAAGGACAACUCCAUCCUGGAAAUCCGUGGGCCUGGCCUGCAGAUGCUGCCCAUCAACCCGUACCGCGCCAAAGAGGAGUACGUGGUCCACACCAUCUUCCCCUCCAACGGCAGCAGCCUCUGCAAGGCCACGCACACCAUUGGCUACGGCACCACGCGGGGCUACCGGGACGGUGGCAUCCCCGACAUAGACUACUCCUACACAUGAUGCCCGCCCACCUGGGCUGCCUCGCCCCAGCCUCAGCUGCCCUGGCAUGGCCACGUGGCUUUGCCCAGCCUGCUGCAACCUGAGAGAGCAAGGAAGAGAAAUUCCACGGAUGACUUUCCCCCGCAGAAAGCAAAGUUUGGGGAGGGCUGACGAUUUUGUAGAACACAACCGUGACAAUUUUUUUUUAAAGAAUAGAAGGCAGGAGGGGGAAUUCGACAUUGUUGAAGACAUAAUUUAUACCGAGUUAUACCAGUUGGGGAGGGAAGGACUAAAAAUAAUAUCACAGGAAGGGCUGGGUUGGGUUUUUUGUUGUUUUUUUUUUUUCUCCUGAACUGGAAGGAUACUACCUGUACAACAUCUGUGGACACCUCAUGCUCUGUUCAGGGCCGUCACAAAGGAACCGCCAGGGAGAAGCAGCCGGCUCUCAAAGCUCCCACGCAGCUCUCCCGCUGCUGGCCACUCGCUGGCAACGCGAUGGAAGGUUUUCAGGCUCCUCACAAAGGAGAGAGGGAAGAAAAGAUCUUUUGCCCUGGAGAUACGGACCUGAAAUCUCUCCCCUGGCUCAUUCCAUACCAUUUCCCUUGCAGAUUUGCAGAAACAUGGCGUCUUUCACUGCAUUCUUUGAACAAUCAUGUAGUUGAUUAAAAAACAAACAAACUUGUUUUUCCCUAGGCUGAAGCCCUCUUCAGUUCCAUGCACCACGCUCUCCUGUAGAAGCCCCCGCGGAAGCCGUAGCUUUCCCCGCCACCUGGAGGUGCAUCUGUCUGCCUGUCUAUCCCUGUCGCAGUGUCUCUAAGUACAGAUGGGUAGACAGAGCCACAUGCACGGUCCUUACCGUUCUCCUUGGGUCAGUUCUUACCAUUUCCUGAGACAAUAGAAUUGCGAAAGUGUUGCUUUCUCCU